CUUUUUUUUUUUAUUGUCUUGACUUCAAAUCAGCGCUCACAGCACUGCAUAGUGCCGUUUGCUCCAACCCGCGGUCACACAAAAGAGCCCCUCUCUACCCUCCCCUCCUGCGGUACUUUGCCUUCGAUUUUUAAUGCGAGAAGAGUUCAGCACUCUCUUCCCUCUGUGUACACACGAACUAGCGCUAUCUACUAGGCCAGGAGCGGAAGCGAGAGAAAAACCACUUUGCAAGAAACGCUCGCUUACGCCGGGAUUCGAACCCUUGACCUGACCUCUAGCAGGUUUCGAGGAUACCAACUAGACCACCGGGGCGACCUAUGGCAUUGAUUGGAAAGUCCCUGUGCCAAGCAAGCCUAGGCCGCGGCAAGACGCGGCAAGACGCGGCAAGACGCGGCGCUUUGUUGAGUCCUAGGUCACUGUACCAAACGACGCUAGGUUGCUGCACGUUGAAAAACUUCUGCAUCGCCAAGAAGCAGCCGGGAUGCCACUACCAGCUGCGCGUGCCGACAUUGCCCGGCGUGUCGACAAGCAAGAAUUCGGCACGUGCUCAACAUGAUCCCUUCCCUAUGACGGGUGUAAGCUUUUGGUGCACCGACGAAGAGGGGGGCAACACGUCCCCCGCCGACUGUACGGCGGAGGCGGGCCCUCUCCCCCCAAUCAACAGUCGCGAGGAAAGAAGGCGAUUUCACGAGUCGAGCCGUUUUUCGAGACUACUUAAUCCUCGGCUGAUAUGCAGACGUCGUUCGUAUUCCGUACAGUAG